CAGCGAGGAGAACUGGGCGCUCCUCCCCUUUCCCAGCCUGGCGGCGACGACGACAGCGGCGGCAGACGAAGAGGGAGGGCGCAGAGCGUAGACAUGGCGGCCAACAUGUACCGAGUGGGAGAUUAUGUCUAUUUUGAAAAUUCUUCAAGCAAUCCAUAUCUAAUCCGGCGAAUAGAAGAACUCAAUAAGACUGCCAAUGGUAAUGUGGAAGCAAAGGUUGUGUGCUUUUACAGACGGCGAGACAUCUCUAAUAGUCUUAUCAUGCUUGCAGACAAACAUGCAAAAGAAGUUGAAGAAGAAUCUGAAAUACCCAAGGAGGUAGAUUUGACAGACAAACAGAAACAUCAGCUGAAACACAGAGAGCUGUUUCUCUCGCGCCAGUAUGAGUCUCUUCCUGCAACACACAUCAGGGGGAAAUGCAGUGUUGCUCUUCUGAAUGAGACUGAAUCUGUGUUGUCCUAUCUUGCUAAAGAGGAUACUUUCUUCUAUUCACUGGUAUAUGAUCCCUCACUGAAAACUCUUCUAGCAGACAAAGGGGAAAUCAGAGUGGGACCCAGGUAUCAAGCAGAUGUGCCAGAUAUGCUUUCAGAAGGAGAGCCUGAUGAACGAGAACAAGCAAAGCUUGAAGUUAAAGUAUGGGAUCCAGACAGCCACCUCACAGACCAUCAGAUCGACCAGUUUUUAGUAGUAGCACGUGCGGUUGGUACAUUUGCCCGGGCUCUGGACUGCAGUAGUUCUGUCAGGCAACCUAGUUUACAUAUGAGUGCUGCUGCCGCUUCCCGUGACAUCACCUUGUUUCAUGCAAUGGACACAUUGCAUAAGCAUAACUAUGAUCUGAGCAGUGCCAUUAGUGUCCUGGUUCCACUUGGAGGUCCUGUUCUUUGUAGAGAUGAAAUGGAAGAAUGGUCCGCUUCAGAGGCUAGUUUGUUUGAAGAAGCUCUAGAGAAAUACGGCAAAGACUUCAAUGAUAUACGGCAAGACUUUCUUCCCUGGAAAUCUCUAACUAGCAUCAUUGAAUAUUAUUACAUGUGGAAAACUACAGACAGAUACAUCCAGCAGAAACGUCUAAAAGCUGCUGAAGCAGAGAGCAAAUUGAAACAAGUUUACAUACCAACUUACAACAAACCAAACCCAAGUCAAAUAUCCAGCAGUAAUGGGAAAUCAAGUGCCAUGAACGGAGCAGUUGGAGCACCUCACCAGACCCAGAAUCCGUUAAUAGGCCGUGCGUGUGAAAGUUGCUACAUCACACAGUCCCAUCAGUGGUAUUCUUGGGGUCCACCCAACAUGCAGUGUAGAUUAUGCUCACCAUGUUGGAUUUAUUGGAAGAAGUAUGGUGGCCUGAAAAUGCCGACACUGACAAGUGAGGACCGAUUUUCUCCUAGUCAGACCACAGAGGAUACAUGUGUUAGAACACACAUGUCUCGACAGGCAACGCAAGGAAUUCCAGUCCGGAACACCGGCAGUCCAAAAUCUGCCGUGAAGACACGUCAGUCUUUCUUCCUUCAUACUACAUACUUGACUAAACUUGCCCGCCAGGUCUGCAGAAAUACCCUACAGCUGAAGCGAGCAGCCAGAAGACCUUUUGUCCUUAUUAACUGUGCUGCCAUUAGGGCAGAAUAUGCUGACAGACAUUGUGAAUUUGUUGGAAAUCCUUUGAAGAUUAAAAGCACUAGAAAAUCAUUAUCAUGUAUCAUUGGAUACUUGGAGAUUCAUCCUGCAAUGAAGCCUAAUAUAAUCAAGUCAACACCCAGCCUUCAGAGUUCAAUGGCAAAGCGAUUGCUGGCUCCCCCUGGCCAUUCAUCAUUAAGUAUUUUGGGAAAGAGAAACUACAGCCAUCAUCAUAAUGGGCUGGAUGGGCUCUCCAGUCAUGCACAUGGAACUAAAAUGCAAGCUGCACACGAUUUCUAUACCACUAAUGGUAAAACUUUACAAGUCGGCACAAGUGACCUUACUCCAGGCGUUACUCCAUUGCUCAAGAGGCAGAGGCAAAACUGGCUCAAUGCUCCAGACGAUGGUUUCUUUAUUGCUACCGAAGAGACCAGAAAACGUCGUAAGCAGUUUACUCGAUCACAGCUGAAAAGAGCGUGUAGAACCCCAUGCACUUUAAUUCUAAGGAAGGCAAAAUCUGUUGUGACUCACAAAGAGACUCAAGAGAAUUUGAGCAAUCAUUCCCAGCUGAAGACACAGUGA